GGGGGGGGGGGGGGGGGGGUGUUCGCAGGGUAAAUGGAAAUGUUGAAAUGUUGUGAAUUUUGUCGUUCUCAGCGACACAAAAAGAGCCAAACCUCGGGAGAAAUAUUCAGUGUUUCAUUGUCUGUAGACAAUUUAUUCAUGACAUUUAUGACUUCUUCACCCAUAUUAACAAAAAUCUGUGAUUUUCGGUAGGAUUCUUGAAAAAUCGGUAGUUUCAGGGUGCUUGUCUGUGAAUCGGUAGGCUAAUCAAAAAUCGGUAGGAAUACAGAUAAAUCGGUAGUUCUGGUCACACUGCCAGGCGCUUGUGUUCAGACUAUGAGCAACCUCUAUAUGAAUCGCCCGAACUGUUAGACACGUGAACAGCACACCCCACCGUUUCUCCUGCCUCCGGCCACUGGCAACCAGAAAGGGUCCAAAAUAAUCAAUUCCUGUGUAGGAGAACGGUCUGGUGAACGGUGACAAUCGAGCUAAUGGUAGUUCACUCAUCACAGGCGGUCGCGGGUAUGCUUGUCGAAUCCGGCAUAUAAAACAAUUACUCCUUACUCUGUGACACGCGCUUCUUAAAGCAGAAUGGAUUCAGAUACUGAAAACGAGAUAUCACUGAGUACGAGCCUUGCCUUGCGCUACUUACUAUCGAAGAAGACGAACAACCAAGUCAACGACAUUUUUAAGAAUCGUCAUAGAAACGGAGAAUAUUAUGUCCUAUUUCCGAAGCUGUUACAAGACCCUGUAAAAUUUUUCCAAUAUAUGCGAAUGUCGAAGGAAACUUUCUAUUUCAUCUUAAGAAAGAUAGAGCAUCUCAUCACCAAAUUACCAACCCACAAACCAUAUAUUUCUCCAGAAGAAAGAUUGAUGGUAACUCUCAGGUUUUUAUCAACUGGAAUACCAUUAAAAUCGCUAUCGUUCACGUUUUGCAUGGCACAUAACACGAUUGGGGGCAUUGUGUAUGAAACUUGUGAGGCCAUUUGGAAUACUUUGAAGGAUGAGUUCAUGCCUUUUCCCACGACCGCUGCCUUGGAGCAAGUUGAAAAAGAUUUUUUUGAAAAAUGGAAAUUUCCAAAUUGUAUUGGUGCCGUCGAUGGCAAACAUGUGCGUCAUAAGGGUCCGGCAAAAUCGGGAACACAGUAUUACAACUAUAAGAAAUAUUUUUCCGUACAUUUGCAAGCUGUUGCAGAUGCGAACUGUAAGUUCAUAACCGUAGAUGUUGGAGAGUACGGCAGCCGCAGUGACAGCGGUGUAUUUAAUUCUUCAACAUUGUAUGAACUUAUGCGUUCAAACCGUUUAAAUGUCCCUGCUCCGAAACCUCUUCCGGGUACUAUAACCAGCGUACCUCACGUUUUUGUGGGCGAUCAGGGAUAUCCACUAAAGAAUUUUUUGCUACGACCCUACCCAGAAAACAGUGCAGAUGCUGCCAAACUUCGUUUCAACGAAUCGCUAAGCAUUGCCAGACGUUGUGUAGAAUGCGCGUUUGGUAUACUCGUCGCUAAAUGGCGAUGUUUAAAAACGGAACUCCAGGUAACUCCGGACCAUGUUACAACGAUCAUACAAACAGUGUGUUUAUUGCACAACUUGUGCAUUGAUUUUAAGGACACCGUUGUAAAUCCGUGCAGUUCCGAAAACUCCACACCUCCUAACCCCAAUAGCUCCAGAGCAUAUAAUCACUCAUCUCAUGAGGCAACGGAGAUCAGAGAGAUUUUUAAGAACUAUUUUUUUAACUCCUCCACGGUGGAGCAGAACAACCGUUAGAUAUAUGAAAUACCUUUUUUUGUCUUAUUUUUUUAAUAGUAUAUUAUAACAAUGCAGUUACCUUCUUCAAAUAUGAAAUACCUAUUUUUGUCUUAUUUUUUUAUUUUUUUUAUUUUUUUAAUAGUAUAUUAUAACAAUGCAGUUGUUCUGUUGUCAGUGUAUGUAGCCAUACCGCACUGAUAUGGGUAUGGAUCCGAAGCCUCUAGAAGGAUAAUAUAGGCACUCCAUACCCUACUCCGAGUCAAUACGUCCCCGUCGUACAGAAUGGUAACAUAUCUCUCCAAAUAUCUGAGCUUGGGUAUACGGGGAAACCCAACCCCUUGGGAAGAUGGGGUUUAUGGCUAAAAUGAGCGGAGGGGGACAGCCAGCGUCUGUUCUCCAUGUAAGGGGCGGCUGGAUGUGCCUUCUGUCCUGGCACCCUACGGGGCUUUAAACAGCUAGGUUGCGUAGGCCCUCUGACGAGACAGGGGGUUGGGGGAGAGGCCUUGCAAGCCACCCCCAAUAUAAUUGCAACGAAAAGUAAUCAAGAAAUUUCGAAUCGGAUUAACAGAUACAGAUAACAUCGCUCUGGAAGGUGUCAUGCGAAGCUCGGGCUUCGACAUCCGGGGCACGAUUUUCACCCGUUCUCUCCAAUUUCUCGGCUUCGCGGAUGACAUCGACAUCAUCGGACGGACAUCUGCGGCGGUGUGCGACGCGUACACCCGACUGAAACGCGAGGCCGACAGAAUUGGAUUGAGGAUCAAUGCGACGAAGACAAAGUACCUGCUUGCCGGAGGCUCUGACCGUGAUAGAGGCCGACUCGGGAGCAGAGUAUCAGUUGACGGCGACGAUCUCGAGGUGGUAGAGGUGUUCUGCUACCUUGGUACGAUCGUAACUUCGGACAACAACAUGAGCAGCGAAAUCCGAAGGCGCAUUGUUCAGGGAAAUCGUGCCUACUACGGGCUCCACCUCAUUUCAAUAUUUCUCAUAUUUUCUUAUUUUUUUUCUCUUGUUUUCUCAAUACUUUCAAAGAUUUCCGAUUUUCGAACCAUAGAUUUCUAAACCACUUAAAAAAGUGUUAGUUUUAAAAUUAAAGUUAAUAUAAAAUGUGUUAGUUUAUUCAUAUAGAAAAAAAUAUAAAAAUGAAUUAGGUCAUCUUUCUCAUCAUUAUCUAAUUGCUUGUGUUUUAUUUUUAUGAACAACAUAGAAUUUGAUCUACAUGUACCACGAUCAUGACUAUUUGCAAAAUCAAAUGUUUUAAACCAUGCUAUAAAGAACAUGAUCAUCCAUUAAUAUCCUUUUCAUUUUUUUGUUGCUUAUAAUUUAAUUGUGUCUCGCUAAUUUGUAAUUGUUCGGAUAUAGCCAUUGCUUUAUUAUUAAUAGUAACAUUAUUGUAUCAAGCGAUUUUGUUUAUGUUCUCCGUAGCACUAAAUUCUUCACGCCAUAUCUACGCAUCGAUCUCGCGACAUUUAACGCACUUUAUCUCAUAAUCAUCAUCAACUGCUGCGUUGUAAUGAGUGUUUUCUUGGGAUUCCUCACCAAUGUGAAGAUAAACUUUUUAAUGCUAGAAUCAGAAAUAUCCUAAACCACCAUUCUUCGCAGCAGAUAUUGGUGCUGUUUCUGACGAACGAUUGUUCAGGAACAAUUGUUCGUUGUGUAAAAUCGUUCAUGAAUGAACUGGUUACCCCUCGUUUCAAUUCAUUUUAAUUCAUUAUAAGUUCAUUUCAGUAGUCAUUAGUUCAUUUUAGUCAUUCACAAAAGCCAACCCAAACCACCCACAUUCAUUUUUCCCGUGUUUCCUUUUCAGCUAUGCUAACUAGAUUUUUUUU